AAGAAAAACUAUUAAAAAAACAGAUUCUGGAAAAAAAAAACAAAACAAAAAAAAACAAAGGAACCUCAGUAAAGUCCACAUGAAGGAGUGGUCUUCUCCAGGACAGACAGGCGAUUUACUAUAUUUUACUCCAUGAUCUUUUUCAAACUGUAUUUUUUUCUGCUGCUGUAGAUUCGCAAUGAUUUGGAUAGCAUAAGUUGUAUAGUUUUAUUGAAGUGGCACAUUUUUCUGAGAAACUCGUUUAUGUGUGACCCCGUUGAGUGACAUUGGACCUUUUUACGGCAGAAACAGAAUCCCAUUGAUGGAUGAAUGUGGAAAGGGUUUGCUCUCAGACAGCAGCACGUUCUGUGGGUUCACAGCAGCUCAGCCUCACAAAUCCCAUCCUCACACUGUCCAAACAUGGGGUCCAUUAGUGGAUGUAAAUCCCCCAAACUGCUGCUGCUCGCUGCUCGGAGGAUUGGGUUGAUGGGAGGAGUUGUGUCCAGUUGUUCACAGAGGAGGGAGCGGUUGGAGAGUUCUUCAGGGAGUCUUUGGGUCUAUAAAGACCGUCUGCCUCCAAGCCAGAGCAAAUUUACUCCACCAGCGAAUCGUUCAGCUACAAGACACGUCUGCGCGCAGGAGGUUUGCCUUCUUUCUCUGGGCGUUUUUACCUAAACAUAGGCGACAUACGUUUUUUAAUAAGGAAAUCGGAUGAGACGGAGGAUGAUGGAGUUCAUGGAUGAGAAGUUCGCCUUAAAAAGCCCCGACAUGAAGGCUGGAGAUUACUACAUGGAGCACGUGAUGGAGAGCCUGGACGGAGUGCAUUACUUCAGCAAGUCGUCCCCGAAGUGCGUGUCGGCCUUCGGUCUGCAGGGCGCCGAGCAGGGCGCCGAGCAGUGCUCCUCACCCUGCGGGGAUCGCAGCGCGGCCUACCCAGUGCCGAACUCGGAGGGGGAUGCGCUGCACUCGGACCUCGGCAGGCCUCUGGACUCCUGCUGCCCUCUCAGAUCCUCUCCGGUAACCAGCGGCCCGGAUAAACCCGAGCUGGACGACAUGGGGGACAAAUGCGACAGCAACGUGUCGAGCAGCAAGAAGAGGAGACACCGGACCACCUUCACGAGCGCGCAGCUGGAGGAGCUGGAGAAGGUGUUCCAGAAGACCCACUACCCAGAUGUGUACGUGAGGGAGCAGCUGGCCAUGAGGACAGAGUUAACGGAGGCUAGAGUCCAGGUCUGGUUUCAGAACAGGAGAGCAAAGUGGAGAAAACGGGAGCGCUACGGGCAGAUCCAACAGGCCAAAACGCACUUCGCAGCCACUUAUGAUUUAUCAGUGUUGCCACGCACCGACGGCUACACGCAGAUCCCCAACAACCUGUGGCCGAGCCCAACUCCCGGCGGCUCCAUGGUCUCCUCCUGCAUGCUGCCGCGGGGUUCCCCUCCGUGCGUCACCUCCUACUCCCCUCGCUCGGCCUCGGUGGCGGCGGCGGCUGAUCAUGGCUACAUGGGCUUUCCCAAUCAACAGAGUCAGUUCAGCCACGUCUCCCUGAACAACUUUUUCAGCGCAGACUCCCUCCUCACGCCAGCUGCCAACCCUCACCCAGCCUUUGAAGGCAAGCCAGAAUUCGAGAGGCGCUCGUCCAGCAUCGCCGUGCUGCGCAUGAAGGCCAAGGAGCAUGCAGCCAACAUCUCCUGGGCCAUGUGAACGGAACCAGUGAUGUCACUUUGCUGCUCUGCUGAUAGAUCCAACACGUUUGUCUGCAGGGUCAUGAAAACAGGGAUUCUCUUGGACAACAGAGGAACUUAGAUGUGAUGUCAUGGGACAAGCAGCAAGAAGUGGCCUCUGCAAGAGACUUUUGGAGCUUCUCCAUGGAGACACAUCCAAGUCCUUUAGGUUGUUGGCCUGUGGAGCGCUCUGGUCCCUGCAGAUGUUUGACGAGCCUCGUGAUCUGAGGAGGUGAGAGCUGAGAUGUGUUUUCUCAGUGGAGGUCAGGAAGUCAGCACUUCCUCCUAACUGAGACAUAAAGAAGAGCCACGGCGCAGCAGUAAAAGCUGACGGCUGCGGUGGGAUUUGUGCGCCAUGUGGGUGAGUGUGGAGCCCAGAGGACGAGUCCCCAAACACGUUUCUGAGCACUGUGAACAGCUGUACUUUCAUCUCUAAUGGAGAACUGAAGGAAAAAUGGAGCGAAAAAAGGAGAUUUUUGUGAGCUUUGUAAGAAAGCUCCAAGCGUCCAUCUUGCGCCUUUGCUCUGAUUGACAGUCAUGCAGGGUGGGCAGGCUUGAACAGUUGUCUGAUUAAUGAGCUGUCUUGGUGAAAUCUUAAUAAACAGAUGCAUUGACAGUUGUACCACA